AUGUGGCCCUCUCUAUCAACGUUGCUCGCGUUGCCUAUCCUGGCCCUCAUCUCCAUCCCACUCAUUUUCUCAGCAUGGGUUACAAUCUCCGCUGCGCUCUUUGCACUGAUACUCAGACUAUCAGUAGUCUGUGUUGAGCUAGUCUAUGGAUUGGUCAUGCAUUUCUUCUCAUUGCCAACCUCGUCUACCUCGUCAUUAUUGACAUUCGCGGCUUCAGAACCUACUACCCCAGCCGUUGGUAGAUCAAGAAGGAAUUCCAGCCAAACGACGACACAUCCACGAAAGACAAAUGACCCUCUCACUUCCUGGGCCAUUGGUACCAGUCUGGACAACCCAGAAAGCCGCAAAAUGAACUCUUAUGCACGGAGCAUGAUCGAGGCCCACAACUUAUGUACUCCAACACCCGUCUAUAGUCUGCCUAUAAGCGGCGAUGAAAGACGUGACUUCGAAGGCGUAGGUGGAUGGCGCUCGUACCGAGCAUCCAAAACACGCAGCUCGCAUACUUCGCACGAAAAGGCCACAAGCUCGACCUCGUCCUCUUCGACACAUAGCACCCGCGACGUCGAUGCAGACGCAGACAUCGACAUCGACGCAGACGAGCGAGCCUGGCUCUCUCUAAACAACCGUCUCGAGCUCCCCUCGCAGCUCGUCCCGCUAUGCACAAGCGUCCACGCCGGAAGCAGCCUAAACAGCCCCGAAAGCGCCGACUGGCGCAAUGGCCGAAGCAAUUUCCAAUCGCUGGCGGGAGCAACGGACAUCUACCCCGAGAAGCAACAAGACGGGUCAAGACACCACCACCGCUCACUCACCACUUCCUCGCUGACGGCCUCUGACCGGCGCACGGGCACGGGGCUCUCCCUAGCGCUGUCAACAAGGCCUGAUAACGCAGCUGUUCAUUCGAGGGAGUACGGCCCGUCGAUGUUGUCGUCAACGGCACGACUCACGGCCCCGAUGACGCCGCAGCCGUACGCGCGGCUGGAUGCGACCUCGCAUUCCCAGUCGCGGGCUCUCCCGCGCGCUUUCCAGAGCGGUGCACCGUUCACGAGCUCCUAUCUCUCUAGUUUCGGGGAUGGGGUGGGCCACAGCUUUGGGAGCAAUAGUAGUGGCGGGAGCUUUGCUAAUGGAGGCGGGGGUGGGUACUUUUCUUUGAGGAGGCCUGGGUCCUCUGGUAGCCAUGUUCUCUCUGGAAGAGUUAGCCCCAGUACUAGCGGGCAUAAUACCCCCGGGGUUGGUCUGUCAACUGAAGAGCGUGAUGCUUCAUCGGUGGGGCUGGCGCGCUUGAUGGCGCAUUAUCCCACUAGCCCUAGGCAUCGGAGACAGAGUAUCUCUGGGCCGAAUUCGAGGGGGCUGGCUGCUGGGGAUCGAGCUGGAUGA